AAUGACAAACACACUCAGUGAAUCUCUAAAGACAGUAAACGAGGAAAAGAUGGAUUCUUGCAAUAUAAGUAAAGUUAUACAAAAAGGACUGAUUGAAAAGAUGGACUGUUCUAUGUUCUAUGGCUCUGAUUGGUUGUUUUAUCAAUUGUUGUUUUCUGUUGAAUUCAUACUCAAAACAAUCAGUGGACAGCAUGUGACCAGACUUUUGUUACAAACUAUUCUAACUCUAACUUUACAACUUGUACAUUGAUCUGUUCAUAAAAAACAAGUAUUGUAAUUUUGAAGUAAGACAUUAAGCAGUGGUGACCAUGAUGUCGUCCAUUUACAGCCUCACAAUAACUUUCUACUAAUCAAGAUUUAACUUAGAGUUCAUGUUCAUCUGUGAAGAUUAUCUUCAUGAACAAAACAUGUAAGAAUCAUAAACUUGUAUUUGUCACAGAGAUUAUUUUCUGCGACUUUCUAAAAUCUAAUUUUAAAAAAUCCCAUAGACUUCUUGUGGAGGGAACCAGGAUUAGCCUCCAAAAAUAGUUUAUAGCUGCACCACUCUACAGAUGGAGAAUAUGGAGUUUGGUCUCUCAUGGAGCCAGUGUGUCUCUCAUAUGAGCGGUGAGCAGAGUGGGAGAUGUAUAUCGACAAAUGUACAACUAUGAACUUAUGAGACUAAACAUGUAAAUUCCUUUACACUGAUGAACAUGAAUGAAUGUUAGACUCAAAUGUGUUGUUCUUUGGUUUUGUGCUGAUGUUUGUCUUUUCAAUAAAAUCCUCACAUUUUAACAAGUUUGGUCCACAUGCUCAUUUGUGACGACACUUCAAUAUAUUACCUGAACAUUCAGUGUUCUCACAGAGGAUUUGAAUGAGGAGAUUGAUAUCAAUGUGAAUUCUGAGCACAGUUAGCUCCCGGACAAGGUUAGCUUAGCUUAGCAUGAACACAUGAGCUGACAGUUUACACAAAUUAAAUGUACAAGCAACAUACAACAAUAAUAGAAAUUACUUAAAUACAGAGGUACCCUGAGAGAAAAUUAUUAAAUGUUACUACAUAAUCAUUCACUAACAUCUACAACUGCACUGUAAUUAUAUAGAAAGAGUUUUUUACAUUUAUGUGGGUUCGUAAAAAUAAAAAAAAGUCCUAUGUUUUACAGGCCUUUGAACGCCUCAGGUUUCUGUUGUUUGUGUUCUCAUUGGUUUGGGCAGGUGUCAAUCAUUUUCUGGGAUUAACCUGUCGGAUUGUUAGAGGGGCGGGACUAGAGGGAAAGCCCGGGAAAUGAGGAGAGAAGGAGCUGCUGAGAGAAGCGGAGAGACAUUAAGUUAGAGCAAACUUUGAAAUAACUUUAUGGAAAAGUUAUUCACGGUUAUCAACCGGAAGUUUAUGUGAGUGUUUGCUUAUUUUGUUAAGAGUGUAACCGACCGUGUUUUAGAAGUGAGGGCUCAUUACUGGCGUUAACUGAAGACAACGAUGGGACUGUUGCCAGCGGUUAGCAUCGCUAACUGCUAAUCAGGAGACGAGGUUGGACGUUGACACGGGUGCUGCAGGAUGGAGGAGUCGGUGACGGACCGAGCCUCGGAACAGAACCGAGCCUCUGGACGGGUCUCUGGUCACAUCGCUUUUCCGUGGUUCGGUGUCCAGACUGAUGUGGUCAAGACAUCAAGAAGUCGAGGAGUCACAUCUUCAAAUCAGACUUUCAAUGUGAACCUCCUGCCACAAGAAUGAAGACGGCAUCAACAUCCUUCAAGAUAAACGACAGGAAACAGCUGAUCCAGCUCGGUCCUUCACUCACUCGUCUUCAUCAAAUCAAGAUGAGAACGUUAUUGUUGUUGUUUCUCUUCUGUCACGUUUCAUCACCAGUGCUACACUCCCUGAAGUAUUUCCAAACUACAUCAACUGGAAUCCCAAACUUCCCAAGAUUUGUGGGAACACUGGAGAUUGAUGAACUUCUGUGGGGGUACUGUGACAGCAAAGGAACACUGGAUGUAAAGGACAUUGCUAAAUCAUUCUUCAUAAAGUAUCCUGAGCGGUUGGAGUUUUACAGACGAAUCUGUUUCCACUUUUUGCCAAAUGAAGCCUACAUAAACAUGUUGAUGAGUCUCUUCAACCAAACUGGAGGUGUCCAUGUUUUACAGACUGUGGAGGGCUGUGAGUGGGAUGAAGAGACUGACGAGGUCAAAGGUUUCACUCAGAUUGGUUAUGAUGGAGAAGACUUUGAGGAAUUUGAUCUGAAUACAUUUACAUGGAUCCCUCUUAGACCUGAGGCUGUCCCAUUGCGUAACAGCCAUGAAGAUUUAGGAACUAAGACUGUUUUGACUCAGAUUUUUCCGGCGCGCCUGAAGCAGUAUGUGGAGUAUGGGAGGAGCGUUCUGCUGAGAACAGAGCUUCCCUCAGUGUCUCUCCUCCAGAAGACUCCCUCCUCUCCAGUCAGCUGCCUCGCUACAGGUUUCUACCCUCACAGAGCCUCACUCUUCUGGAGGAAAGAUGGAGAGGAGCUUCAUGAGGAGGUGGACCACGGAGAGAUCCUCCCCAACCACGAUGGAACCUUCCAGAUGAGUGUUGACCUGAAACUUUCAUCAGUCACACCUGAAGACUGGACCAGGUACGACUGUGUGUUUCAGCUCUAUGGUGUGAAGGAGGACAUCAUCACUAAACUGGAGAAAGAUCGGAUCAGGACAAAUGAAGGGAAGGUGAAGCCCAGUAACAUGACCGUCCUCGUCACUGCUGCAGUGGUUGUUCUUGCUCUCAUUCUCAUCAGUGCUGCUGGAUUCAUCGUUUACAAAAAGAAGAAAGCCAUCAGCCCUCCAUCUGCUCCUGACAACAGCACAGAGCUCUCUGAGCAGCUGGUAUCAUGGACAUCCGUUUCAGUGGCCAUCAACGUAAAUGUUUCCAGGCAGAUGGGCAACUCCUCACUCUGUUUAUGA